UUUCAUCACCUCCGAGCAGUCAGAAAUGCAGCCAGCUCCUCUCACAGGAGAGGAGGAGGAUGAUGAUGAUGAUAACGGAAGUGAUGAUGAGGAGAAUAAUGACAAUCCACCGCUCCGACAAUCCACGCUUGAAUUCUUAGACAUGAAAGGGAGUAGCCUACAUACUGCUUACAUGCCGCAAUAAGGAGAUACAUGCACAGUGUCAGUGAGGGAAUUUGCAGUAAAUAAUCCCUGAACCUCCGCAGCUUUUGACUGUGAACAUAGCCUACUAACAGAUGUUACUGUUGAUGCAAUAUGAUGGUGAGGAUGAUGUUGGCCAUAUUUAUCUGCAGGAGUUUGUGAUUAUAGCAAAAAUAACAACCACAGGAGCUGCAGUUAUCACAUAAAUAAGUUUAAUGAUUUUCAAUAGCCUCAUAAAAAGAUUUAGAUCAUUCACUGAUGCAAUUGAAUGUCAUGAUGGUGUAUUUUGACCAUUCUGGACACUUUUCAGUUUUAAAUUCAGCCGCAACCUACAUGUGGGAUUAUCACCUUAUGCUUGAUUUGAAAGUAAGAUAAUAUAUAGAUGUGGAAAACUGUUAAACAGUGUUAGACAGUAAUAAAAUAUCACCAUUCCCAUGCAAAACUGCGCAGGGUCGAUCAGCAUGGAUUAUUUUCAGGCCUACAUCUAUUCUUCGGCUAUUGACAACCUCUCCCUUUCCAGUUUGCAUGACUGGAGCUCUCACUAGCGCUGCUAGUGGACAAUCAAACCUACACACCCACCUCCAGACACACUCGCAUUUCUCAUUUCUUACUUCUAGUCUAAAUUAGAUAGCAAGACGCUGUGUCGGAGCUCACAGACCGCAUAGAAUUAGUUUUAAGUACAGGCGGUAGUUAAACAGUAAAGCUGAAAUUCAACAUGGAGUCCCCUCCAGAUCCAGCGAGCGACCCGGGCAACAGCGCCUCGGAGCCGGCUACCCCGGUCAGGGAAACCCCGGUAAACCUGGAGACGCUCCGGAAAGCGGACCAUCCAGCCCCGGUUCGAAGGCAGACCUGUUCCAGCACCAACAGAGGUAUCUCAGUAACAAAGAAGACACAUACCUCUCAAAUCGAAAUAAUUCCCUGCAAGAUCUGUGGAGACAAAUCAUCAGGCAUCCAUUACGGUGUGAUAACAUGUGAAGGCUGUAAGGGCUUCUUCAGGAGGAGUCAGCAGAGCAAUGCAGCCUACUCCUGCCCCCGUCAGAAGAACUGCCUGAUCGACCGUACCAGCCGCAACCGCUGCCAGCACUGCCGGCUGCAGAAGUGCCUGGCAGUGGGCAUGUCACGAGAUGCGGUGAAGUUUGGCCGCAUGUCGAAGAAGCAGCGAGACAGCCUCUAUGCUGAGGUCCAGAAGCACCGACUGCAGCAGCAGCAGCGUGACCACCAACAACAGCCCGGGGAGGCGGAGCCGCUCACACCUAGCUAUGGCCUCUCAGCCAAUGGCCUCACAGAGCUCCAUGAUGACCUCAGUGGCUACAUGGAUGGUCACACCCCUGAUGGCAGCAAACCAGACUCGGCAGUCAGCAGCUUCUACCUGGACAUCCAGCCAUCUCCUGACCAGUCAGGCCUGGACAUCAACGGCAUCAAGCCGGAGCCCAUCUGCGACUUUGCCCCUGGCUCUGGCUUCUUCCCUUACUGCUCCUUCACCAACGGAGAAACCUCCCCCACCGUGUCCAUGGCUGAACUAGAGCACCUGGCCCAGAACAUCUCCAAGUCACACAUGGAGACAUGUCAGUACCUGAGGGAGGAGCUGCAGCAGAUGACCUGGCAGGCCUUUCUGCAGGAGGAGGUGGAGAGCUACCAGAGCAAGCCCAGGGAAGUCAUGUGGCAGCUGUGUGCUAUCAAAAUAACAGAGGCCAUUCAGUAUGUGGUGGAGUUCGCCAAGCGCAUCGAUGGCUUCAUGGAGCUGUGUCAGAACGAUCAGAUAGUGCUGCUGAAAGCAGGCUCUUUGGAAGUUGUGUUUGUCAGAAUGUGCCGUGCCUUUGACUCACAAAACAACACAGUCUAUUUUGAUGGAAAGUAUGCCGGACCUGAUGUGUUCAAGUCAUUAGGCUGUGACGACUUGAUCAGCUCCGUCUUCGAGUUUGGGAAAAACUUGUGUUCUAUGCACCUGUCUGAGGAUGAGAUCGCCCUGUUCUCCGCCUUUGUGUUGAUGUCUGCUGACCGAUCCUGGCUCCAGGAGAAGGUGAAGGUAGAGAAACUCCAGCAGAAGAUCCAACUGGCUCUCCAGCACGUCCUGCAGAAGAACCACAGAGAGGAUGGUAUACUUACAAAGUUGAUAUGCAAAGUGUCGACACUGCGAGCGCUGUGCAGUAGGCAUACAGAAAAGCUUACAGCUUUCAAAGCAAUAUACCCAGACAUUGUGCGUGCCCACUUCCCCCCCUUAUACAAGGAGCUGUUCGGAUCAGACUUUGAGCAGUCCAUGCCCGUUGACGGGUAGCAGCCCUGCCAGGUGCCAGUGUGCCCACCGUAGGGGAAUGUGGAGGAGGAAUCUGAGACACUUUAUUGGUGCCCUGCACAAACCAGAGCGGACAGAUGGCACGCUGUUCAACUUCUUCUUUUACAUUGGAGGGGAGGGCUUGGGGAGUUGAUUCUCAAGGUUUACUUUAUUGAAUUUAGUUCUCUUUGGAAGACUUGUGGCACCCAACACCCCAUGGGACACGAAGAGGAGAUAGGGACAAAUAAUUUCUGUCUGGUUGAACUUGACCUUCUUAUGCGCAUUUCUAACAUGGAACUCAUGAUCGAUUUCAUCCAUUCAUUCAUUUUCACCGGUAUUUGCAUCGCCAUUAUUGUGAUUUAUCUGUGCAUUUGACUGGAAAACAGUUAACAAGCCACUUUUGAAGUUAAAAUAUCUGACGACUUAUUCCAUGACGACAUAAGUCUACAUCAGUAUUAUUUUUGAGAUGACACUCCUGAAAAACAGUUUUAAGCAUUUUCUUAUUCAGAACAGUCACAGCGUUCUCACAUUUAAACACUAUAUUCCCAAACUGAAAUAAAAAGCAGAUGCGCAAAUGUUGGUCAAGUUCAGCCGCUUUUUUCUCUUGUGUUCAGUUGUAUCUUUUGGACGCAGUGCUUGGAAUGAAAACUCACAGCGACUUUGAGGGAGGGUCCGUCAGCAUGGUGAUGCAAUCGGCACCUCUCUAUGGACAAUCGUUUAAAAAAAAAAAGAAACAUAGAAUUCUGGUAAUUCUAAUGAAAACGCAAUGAUUUUAGCUGUCAAAGACUCCAUCCACCAUUGUUGCAUAGUGAAAUCAUGUAAGGCCAUCUGCUAUUAAUCCUUCUCUGGACAGGUGCCCUGGAGAAGCACAGGGCACCAACACAAUGAAAAGGGUCCAUUCCACCUGUUUUAUAAUGUACUACAGGGUAUAUGGUCAUAAGUACUUACUAUACAGAAAAAAGUAAUGUUUAUAGAAUCUAUUUUAAAUAACAUGUAUGAUAUUAGUAGUUAGACCAUUCUUAAUUGUUGAAUUGAUAAGGCACUUUUAUUUACACCUUUCUUUAAUUUAAGACUUGUAUAUUAACCUAGUGAUGUGUUGCAUGUGCACAAGAAAUACAAGUUGAACCAUGGUCACAGAGGCUAGUCCUGGGAGCUGUAGAUGAUACUGGUCUGGAAGUGUAAGGGCUGUCUGUUAGGAUGGCUGGCGUUGCUGCUCGCUGGUGAACAAAGAGGUAUGGAUUAGAAGGCAGGUUAGAGACACUCAUAUCACCUGUUACCUCAACAACCGCCAGUAAUGACACCUGACAAAAUGUAGCUCUGAUACUCCUUUUAAGCGAGUACGCACACAUACAAUAACAGCCGACGACAAAGCUUGUAGUGAUGUUACUGUCUCAUGGCUUUCUUGAUUUUUGUUAUGUUAGGGAUAUUUUUUAAAAUACUAGAUGAGUACCACAUUAAAAAAAAAUGUAUUCUUUGCCAUUAUUUUCAAGAUAUUUGGUACAAAUUUGUACUAUGAAAACCUUUGUAUAUUAUGUAAAGAAGACUACAAGAAAACAAAACAUUAUCCAAGCCAUGAUCCAAGCCAAGAUCACACAUUGACUGUAAUCCAAUUGUUCCAUCUAGUGGAAGAUAAAGAAACAGCAAGCAAGUUAACUGCCUAAUGACAAAGAUACAGUACAAGGUCUAACCUUAAAACACAUUCACGAGCCUCCUUUAAAAGGUUUGGAGUGUUUUUUGUUGUUGUUUUUGAGUGACUUUACCUGCCUUCUCACCACACUCUCAGCCCAGCAACGCCACAACAGGACACAGAAGAAACAAUAAAGGGAAAGUGAAUAUUCAAAGCCUUGUCUGGUAGUAAAGCUUCUAUUUUUGUAACAUGUUUUGGUUAAUAAACUCAUGAAAGAGAAAGAGGGAGAGAAAAAGAUGUCAGGUAGCACUUAACUAUAUUCCCGCAAUAAUUAGACUAGCUGUUGUUUGUAUGAUUAGGGGAGAAACAUAAAAAUGGUAGGACAAGUGCUAUUUUCAGAAUGCUUUGUUGUUGUGCUUCUGUUUUGUUGAGUGUGUCUUUCUUGUCAGUGUGGUAGUAAAGUGGUAGAAAAAACCCUGGAUGUGCCAAACAGUAGUCGUUGCUUCCGCUUUCCAGUCUACUCGUCUAUAAUGUAGAAUGGAUUCCUAAGACAUUCCAGCAAUCUCAGUAGCGGCUUCUAGAAAUAUCUUUUAAAAAAGAAAAGAGGAAAAAAAAAAAGAAAAGAGAAAAAAAAAAUGAUAUCCCUUUAGAAACCCAACAGAGCAUGUUAACACAUCUGUCACCAACCAUGACAUAGAAUCCAGUUGUUUGUGUUUUUUUUUUUUUCUUUCUGUUUGCAUACUAUCAUUCCUCUGCCGUGCAAUUUGUACAAGGCGUUAAUGCCUUGUGCUGUCACCCCUCAGGGAAGUUUUUUUUUUGCGCUUUCAGUUUGAGAGGAUAUUUUGUUUGUACUCAUUAGGUUUAGUUUAUGUUUUUGUUCAGGGAUGUUCCAUGAGGAGUGGUUGAGAUUAACAUUAACAUAAGAUUCAUCACUGAGUUGUUCAAUUUCUUUACAUGAUUGAUGUCCUAAAGGGGGCUUUCAGCCACUCAAAGACCACUGUGCCCCUAUGGUCAAGUUCAAGAAAAUCUCAUUUGUAAAAAAACAAACAAACAAACAAUAAACCCCAUCACUUUUACAAAACCACAAGUUUUUAUCAGCACACAGCAUAAUUCCUGUCACACAAAAAUCUGUUUUGGUUCAAAAACGGUGUCAUCAGGGUCUUUAAAAUGAUAACCCUCUUUGUUAGAGAAACCAAAUAUUCUUAUGCAAUACUAAAUCUGUUGUGUUUCGGUUGUAGUAGUUAUGCUGUACCUAAGUAAUAAUCUCUGUUAUGAUCCAAUACUAUUUGGAUAUGCACAAGCCCUCUACGACGAGUAAACCUCAGUCUCCCAGCAAAAGAAAACCCAGUCUGGAACACUGCUAGACAAUCCAGGUUGAGAGGCCCAGUGGCCCGGCAAGAGCAGCAAAGAGGAUGAGGUAUGAACGCUCAGGGAGGUAACAGGUAGACCGAAGAAGCAGCUCGCUUUCAUUUGGACAGUAAUGCAGAGCAUGUGGAUUUGCUCUUUUUCUGAAUUUAUGAGGUCUUUCAAACCUCUUGAAAUUGAUAAGAGGAGGUGACAUGGCACACUGACCAUGCAGUUACAGCACUUACUGUUCCAAAAAAAAUAAUGAAGAGACUGAGACUUGGCUGAUUUCCUGUUAUUUAUUUGCAAAACAUUUGGUUUGUAUCUUGUAAAAAAAAAAAAAAUUCAGUUUUCUUAAGCUGUUAUAAUUUUGCUUGAUGAUUACAUAAAACAAUUCAGCUAUAAGGUCUACCACCAAAACAGUUAUUCUCUCAUAAAAUGAAUUGUUUAAUUUUGUUUUUAACCAAGUCUAAAUGGUUGAGUGGCUUGUAAUGUGUUCUACAAUAUAAAACAAGCAAUAUGCCUUGUGUUACAAUUACGGGUCUCUACAGUGCAGUCAUCACCCUUUUUGAAUUGACUUCGAUCAUACAGCAAACUUAUAACUUUUAUUCUCAGUCUAGAACAAAAAGUAAUAAAUCCCCAUCACUCUGUGUUCAUCACCUUAUGUACUGGUAUGGUUGUGAUAUUGGCAGGAUAGCAGAAAAUGGUCAUCAAACACAUGAAUACUUGUGUCUAACUAUAAACUGCGCCUAUACACAGGCCUGUAAAGUGAUGUCCUUCUGUAUAUUCUCACUUGAGAUAUCCCGAUUUAAGUAAGGGAUUGAUGCUAAGUGUGCUAUUCAAUCAGUGUAUAGUAUUCAGUAAAAUGUACUGGUCCUUCUGUCUCUGCUCUGUUGUCUGUUUGUAAAAAGCAAUAGUGUGUAUGUGUGUGCGUAUGUGUUUGUUCUCACAGUGUGUGAAUAAAUAAAAACCCCAGACAAGGCUUUAAUAAUUACAAAGGAACAGGGUUAUGUGGAUGAGGAGGUCUUGAUAUUAUUUUGGACUUUAAAAAAAAGAAAAAAGAAAAGUGUUUUGGAAAUCGCCGAGCUUGAUCCAUCCAUAAUAGGUGUAGGUUUUAAAAGCAUGACAUAAUGCCUUCAACAAUUCAUAGGUCUGCAGAGUGCUGUGAGGCAACAUUGAACCAGCUUCACAGUGAAAAACAUGCUUCGCUCUAUCAGUUCGGACAGCGCAGACACAUCUGAACCUGACGUGAACUGAAGUGAAUUCCGGGCUGUAAAUUGUGUAAAUGAGUGUUCCUGGCCAUAAAUUGUGAAGAUCAGUGUUAUGUCACGCUUAAAGUUGUGCUGGAGCGCCGGUGUGUUACCCAGAAUUAUGAGUCAGUUGUCACAUUUUAACAGAACUCAUUUUCCAAAGCACAGCUGAUAAGGAUUUAUGAUUAAAAAUAUGUUUAAGAAUA